CAUCAUCAUGAUAAGAAUGUCCACGUCUUAUAUUUCAAUGAGAGGACUCCUUCUGCCCCAUUCUCACCUACGUAUACAUGAGCAGUUGGAGCUCCACUUCUCUUCUCUCUAUAAUCAAUCCAAGAGUUCUGGAAUCAAUGGAGGCGCUGGAAAGGAUUCAAGCUGUAGUAUGGAAGGAGGAGUUUUGGUUGCCAAGGAAUGUGACAUGGGAAGACAUGAAGUCCAAGCCAGGAAGACCCAUGCCGGAAUUCCAGGAUCUUCUCUACAUUUUCCCGAUCUCGAUCUCUUUCCUAAUCUUCCGAAUUUUCCUGGAAACAUUUGUUCUGGACCCUCUGGCAAAAGCAACUGUACCAAUGUUUUCCGUCGUCGCUCUGUUGAAGAAAGACGUGAUGGGAAAGGUCAAUGGUCAUAUUCAGCAUAAUGGAUCAGUAGCGACCGGCAGGAAAUGGAAUUCGAAAACAAAGCAGGGCCACAAAGGAGUCGAGAAAGCGAAACUUCAACUGCAGAAACUUAGAGAAACUGGCUUCCGGUUCGUGACGUACAGCUUUCUUUUCCUGUACGGGAUCUGGACAAUGUCAGACAAAUCCUGGCUGAGGGAUGUGGAAUUAUGCUUCGAGAAUAUUCCAUUUCACGCUGUGACUUUGGAAGUGAGGCGUUACUACAUGCUAGAAAUAGGAUUCUACUUAUCCCUGUCCCUGACUCUGGUAUUCGACGUGAAGAGGAAAGACUUCCUGGCACAGAUGACCCACCACGUGGUCACCAUCGUCCUCUUGAUGGGAUCCUGGAUAGUUGGCGCCAUCCGGAUUGGCACCCUCGUCCUUAUCGUCCACGACUGCGCUGAUGUCUUCCUUGAGGUCUGA